AACAACAACAACAACAACACACCCAUCCAGUAGUGAACACACAGUCACAUAGAUAAGCCUUCAAACGCAUCAGCUUCAACACAUAUCACCAUCUCUUCUACGCCGUUGACUUAUCAAGCUCAUCGAUACGUCAACAUGUGCCAACUCAACAUCAUCUAUUGGCCCAAAUGCUGUGGCAGACGCGAAAGAAUGUUAAAUUCCCCUUGCAAUGACGCUCGCAACUUCCCCGAAGGCCAGUGCUUCUCUCCGGCGCGAGAGGAGCUGGUUACCCGGGAUUAUCCUUGCCAUUACUGUAUAGUCCAAGCCAGCCAAGCACAAAUGGAAGAAUGGGAGCCAGACGCAGACAAGAGGAGAUUCUUGAUCCUAGAGGCCCCCACUAUAAUUGAAAAGAUUGAGACUGAGCCAAGAGAUAAAGAAAGGCGAUCAUAUCAGAGGGCUCUGAAUACUGGGCGGGCGAUAGCGAUUAUGAACCAGAGGAAGGCGGAAAAGGCCGCAGCAAAGGCCAAGCCAAGAACGCCUACGCAAGAAGAUUCCAUGGAAAUUGACGAAGCUGGCUCUUCUGCACAAGGCGGCAAGGCAGCUGGCAAUUAGCAGGAUCAGCCCAUUUAGACAUUCUGUCAUUAGCGCCCCUUUGUGGCUGCUCCAACUUCAUAGCAGGCCUGUAGCUUGACUAGACUCUAGCUUUUAGACACUGAAAAAAUCAGACUUCGUUG